AUGAUUUACUCUCAAGGGUUCAACUUUGGCAGUUUCGUGGAAAAGGGCGUGGACGCACGUACCGGUCAAUACACCUGCACAAUUGACCUGUAUGAAGCUCCGACACAAGCCAGAAACUGCCCCCCGUUCAAGAUAUCUCUAAGCUUUAAUCCCCUAAACACUGAAAAUAUCGGGUUUGGAGCAGGGUGGUCACUGAGUCUCCCCGCCUAUGAGCAUCGCCAAAGCAAGCCCACAGUCAUUCUUUCAACCGGCGAGUCGUACCAAGUUACAGAAUCAUCUCAAGCGGUCGCGGUCAAGGAUAAGAAGCUCGAGAGCUUUCAAAUGAAAAAGCUGGCGUCUGAUACCUACCAAAUUUCUUACAAAUCCGGCCAAGUUGAAAUUUUGAAGAACCACUCAAACGCGUAUAAAAGGUCCGUUUUGCACGAGGUUUACGCCUCGACUGGCCGCUCAUUGGCUCUAGAAUGGGACAGAUCCGGUGACCAACCGCGUCUCUCUAAAGUCAAGCAAGGCUCUGAAGUGCUUCUGGAGAUUGACUACCGGACUGCCAGCUCUCCUACCAUAACACGGGCUCCAAAGACCCCGGAAGCGAGUACUUUCACCGUUGUGCUCAGGAACAAUCAAUUGGAAGAGCUCCGCUUACCCCUGGAUGACACAACAUCGUGGAGAAUUCUCUACAACAGCUUUGGUCACAUAAGACAUGUUACAAGUCCCUCAGGUCUUGUGGAAGAGAUCCAGUACAAGGAAGAUGGCCACCACCUGCCCACCGGAGCGCCUUAUCGAACAAUCCCCUACGUCAUCUCUCAUACUGAGCGGCCUGGGAACGGGCAGGAUGCCAUCGUGACCAACUACACGUAUUCUUCUCGCAACUUCCUUGGCUAUAACGGCAGCCACAACUGGAAUGAUGGAGAAGACAACUUGUUCCGGAGCCCUUUUGAUUACACGUAUGACUCAACCGUCACGGUUCAAGGAGGAUCUCGGACAAAGAACACGUACAACAAGUUUCAUCUUCUUUUCCUUUCCGAAAGACAGAAAAGCACCAAGAAAGUCACACAGACCAUCACGUAUCAUGCAAACGUGUCUGCCGCGUUCGAUGUCCAACCUGCGCAGUAUCAACUGCCCAAGAGAGUCGACACAAAGUACGAGGAUACAUCCAGCAAGGCGUCUCGUACUGAAACAAGUCACCAUCAAUUUGACGAAUGGGGCAAUCCGACUGAGGAAACGGAAUCAAAUGGCAUCACCACUAUUCGCGAGUACUAUCCACCGAGCGGCGAGCAGGGGCCAGGUAAUGUCGUGAGAUGCCCAGCUGAUCCCUUCGGGUUUAAGAGAUACCUCAAAACGGAGACGGUUCGCCCGGGACCAAGCGACCACGUUGCGCCGCCACGCGUCGAAAGCUACACGUACUCCCAGGUGCCGGCAGCGACUGGCGGCAAGGCUUCGUAUUUUGUCGUUGUCAAGCAGCGACAGAACUUGGGGACGGGUGCGGUCCUGACUACCACCGACUACGACUACGUGAACCAACCUACGGCCAGGGACCACGGGCGUCUGCGACGACAGAUGGCUUGGGUUACACGGGAGCUCCCCAUAGCCCAGGAUUGGAUAUAUUCCUAUCCCAACAACAACCAGCUGUCGCAGACCAUGACAACCAGAACAUUUGAUGGCUCAACUGUAGCUGAACAGACCGUCUACUCCUUAUGGAGCGGGCUCACCGUGUCUUACAAGAACGAAGCAGACAUUACCGAGCACUUUUACUAUGAUAAGAUUGGCCGACAGAUUAAAGCUGUCACGGCUCAAGGUACACCAUUUGAAAGCGCGCAAGAAAUCACGUACGCCGUUCUCGGGAUUCCCAACGGAACCCAGCGCACCGUCACCGAGGCCACGGGCGUCAAGACCAGGUACACUAGCGACGGCCUGGAAAGACUCCAUACUAUCCAUAAACAGGAUGACAUAACUCAGACUAUGCGACUGGUCCAGCAGAGCAGAUACAAUGCACAGGGCCAAGAGACUGAGGUGGUUGAGCUGGAUUGGUUGAGGACUGGAAACCAGGACAGACCAACUGAGCAACGAAGCACCAAAUCCAUCGAGUACGACGACUGGGGAAAUGUCAGCAAGGUGACGGAAAGCAACGGCCUAGUCACUUUGACGGCCCAAGACCCUAUUUCUUUGACAACAACCGAAGGCAUAAGAGGGGAGGGCACGACAAGGACGGAAAUCAACCUUUUCGGCAGCCCCAAGGUGAUAUCACUCCCCAAAAGCGACUCGGCCAGCACGCUCUACAGCAAGAUAAGCUACGCGUACGACGGCUUCGGACGCUGUGUCAGCAAAACGGACCACCUUGGCCGAAGAACAGCAUACGACUACGACCACUUUGACCGCAUCAAAAAGACCACCUGGCCGAGUGGACGCGUCGUCGACACCCAGUACGCCGACCACACGACUGCCAUCCUCCCCAAAUCAAUGCAAGUCAAUGGCAGAAACAUGGGGCAGCAGUCAUUUGACGGCCUGGACCGCAUUACUUCCAAGGUUGUCGGCGCCCGACGCACCCGUCAGACAUACGAACAUGUCGCACCCGAGCCAGUUCACAUCACUAGCUCCAAGGGCGACCAGCUAAAUCUUACGUACGAGUCAGCCUUGGACCACGCCCCUACCAGCGUGAGGAGUGUCGACACGGCGGACUCCUUCCAAUACGAUCAUCGACUUGGUGCCCUGUCGGGGUUUAGCGGUUCCUACUCGACUCACACCCUGGAGCACUUUCCUUCGGGCCUGCUGUCCAAGGAAGUCAUCAAGAUAAAGGGUAUAAACCAGCUCUCGGCAAGUUAUACCUACUCCGUGGCCGGGAAGCUACAGUCGUACACGGACGUCCACGGGACGACAAGUGUGGUGGACUACGAUGGACACGGCAGACCUGCACGCCUCACCCAGGGCAGAGUGGUCGUGUCCCUGACCUACAACAGUUCGAGCCGUGUCUCUGAGAGCCGCGUCGAGGACGAGGCCACAAGGACGGCAAUAACGACGAAACUGGCCUACGACGACUUUGGCCGGGAGACGAAACGAUCCGUCUACAGGGCCGGCACAACGCUGCUCUACCACCUGAGCCAGUCGUACAACGAAAUUGGCCUGCUCAGCUCGCGCAAGAAAGAAAACGACCAGGGCGUCCUGCGCGAAGAAUCUUUCCAGUACGACGUCCACAACCAUCUCGUCAGGUACGACUGCAGCGGCAGUCAACCGCCGACAGAUCACCAAGGUCGCCGGCUGCGAUCCCAGCAGUUCACGUUUGACAACUACGACAACGUCACCCAGUGCUCGACCGUGUUUCAAGACGGCACCAACAACACGGCAAUCUAUUCCUUCAGCGACCAGGACCCCACACAGCUCGUCGGCAUUGUCAACAGCAGCGCGGGCGACCCUGCCAGAGUAGAGCUCGAGUACGACGCAAACGGCUGCUUGACGCGAGACGAGCAAGGCCGCACGCUGCAGUACAACAGCACGAGCCGUCUGACCGCUGUGCUUGACGCCAACCGCCGGCCCCUCUGUCAGUACGAGUACGACGCCAGCGGGAAGCUCGCCUGCCAAAUGGUCCCGGACCAGCCCGACACGCACUUCUUCUACCGCGGGGACUCUCUCAUCGCCGUGAAGAGGGGUGACCGCCACGUCAGCUAUGUGUCCAGCGGAGCGCAGUACUGGGCAGAAACAGCCACGCAGGGGGCAAGCUCCAAAACCAGCCUCUGGGCCGUGGACAGCCAGCAGUCGGUCCUGACGGCGGUGGACGGCGAGAACGCAGAGGUCCGGCACCAGGACUACACGCCCUACUGCUUCUCCAGCACCGGCGGCUCCGCGCCCUCUAUAGGAUUCAACGGGCAGUGGCGGGACCCCGUGACGGGCUGGUACCAUCUUGGCAACGGAUACCGCGUGUACAAUCCCGUCCUGAUGCGCUUCCAUACCCCCGAUCCCUGGAGUCCCUUUACCUCGGGAGAGGUGAACCCGUACGCGUACUGUCUCGGCGACCCCAUCAACCGCGUCGAUCCAAGCGGCCACUUUAGUCUCUUUGGGCUCAAGUUCGGAUGGAAGGACCUGAUUAUGGCGGUGGUCGGUAUCGCCGUCAGCAUCGGCGUGGGCAUCCUCACCGGCGGCGCCUCGUUUGCCAUCCAAGUCGGCGUAGGUCUUGCCGCCGGCUUCCUCUCCGACGUCGUGUCCGGAGUAGUGGGUGACCUGGCGGACGGCAACAAACCUACGUGGAAGAGCGUCGGGCUGGACGCCCUCGGCGGCCUUCUCGGCGGGAUAGGAGGCGCGGUAGGCGACACCGUGCUGAAGCAGGGCUUCAAGCAGGGCGUGAGGGCCGCCAAGGCCGGCUCGACGGCAGUCAAGACGGCCCUCGGCCGCGCAGGCUCCUACUCGGUCACGAAGCCCGUCGUCAGUGCGGCGGCCGGUUCGGCGGCCAAGAAGAGCAUCUCCGCAACCGUCAAGAGCACCGUCAGAGGCAUCGCCCGCGGCUUCAUCCCUUCGCAGGCAGCGGCCCGAGGCGGCCUUCAUCUGACCGGGCUUGGUGCCGAGGGUGCCGAACCGCCGGCCGACCAACAGCGUCCUGCUGGGGAAUCGCCCGUCGGCGUCGGCGUCGGCAGUCGAGGGUCCACGGGGAGCAGCGGACCUGCGCAGGUGGGCAGUCAGUCCUACUAUCUCAACAGGGGGUCCUCGAUGGCGAGAGACAUUAUCCGACCUGCCAUGAAGAACGGCGGCGGCCGGGCCUUGACGAGCGUCCUCAGGCCGCCGCAGCUUUCGCCGUGGUUAUUGAGUGGGUAUGGUGCUGAUCCUGGCGCAGGACAGGCAUUCGUCGCCAAUCUGCUGAAUCGUGAUGUUAGGUUUGCCUAUGAGUUGUCGGGGGGUGUGGUUUCCGAGCAGGACGAUGAUGACAUUUGA